AUGAGGUAUCAAGCCAGGGAGGUGGAUGUUGAAGGAAGAGUGCGCCUGGUGAUGGAGAGUGCCCUGACUGCACGGGACAGGGUCGGGGUGCAGGACUUUGUCUUGCUGGAGAACUUCAACAGUGAGGCAGCCUUCAUAGAGAACCUGCGGCGACGGUUCAAAGAAAACCUCAUCUACACAUAUAUUGGCUCUGUGCUGGUGUCAGUGAACCCGUACAAAGAUCUGGAGAUUUACUCCAAGCCGCAGAUGGAACGCUACAGAGGGGUCAGCUUCUACGAAAUAUCGCCUCACAUCUAUGCUUUGUCAGACAACACAUAUCGAGCGAUGCGGACUGAGAGGAAAGACCAGUGUAUCCUCAUAUCAGGUGAGAGUGGAGCAGGUAAAACAGAGGCCUCCAAAAAGAUCCUCCUCUACUACGCUGUCACCUGCCCCACCAAUCAUCACAUGGCUGCCCUUGGUGACCACCUACUGCAGUCCAACCAUGUUCUGGAGGCAUUUGGCAAUGCCAAAACACUGAGGAAUGACAACUCCAGUCGCUUUGGGAAAUACAUGGAUGUCCAAUUUGACUUUAGGGGAGCGCCAGUGGGCGGUCACAUCCUGAACUACUUGCUAGAGAAAUCUCGUGUAGUUCACCAGAACCACGGUGAGAGGAACUUCCACAUCUUUUACCAGCUUCUGGAUGGAGGGGAUGAAGAGCUGCUUAACUUGCUGGACCUGGAAAGAAACCCACAGAAUUACCACUAUCUGGUCAAGGGUAACUGCCCCAGAGUCAGCUCCAUUAGUGACAAGAAUAAUUGGAAAGUUGUGAUGAAGGCUCUGUCUGUUAUCGGCUUCACUGAGGAAGAAGUGCAGAAAUUGCUGAACAUCAUCGCCGGUGUUCUCAAUCUGGGAAACACUCAGUUUGGAGAAGGGGAGGAAGGAGAAACAUUCAUCACCACAGAGACCCAGAUAACAAAUCUUGCGAAGCUGUUCAGUGUUGAUGUUUCCGCCCUGGGAGAGGCACUCACUCACAAGAAACUCACUGCCAAAGGAGAGGAGAUGGUCACCCCACUUAAUUUUGAGCAGGCAAUGUCUGCCCGUGACGCCUUAGCCAAGGCUGUGUAUGGUCGGACAUUCUCCUGGUUGGUGGAGAAGAUCAACCAGUCGCUGGCUCUGAAGGAUGAAAUCUACCACAGCAGUCAGCCCUCCUCACUUAUAGGACUUCUUGAUAUCUAUGGUUUUGAGGUCCUGCAGCACAAUAGCUUUGAGCAGUUUUGCAUCAACUACUGCAAUGAGAAGCUCCAGCAGCUCUUUAUUGAGCUCACCCUCAGAUCUGAGCAGGAGGAGUACGAGACAGAAGGGAUUGAGUGGGAGACAGUGCAGUACUUUGACAACAAGAUCAUUUGUGACCUGAUAGAAGAGAAGCACAAAGGCAUUAUCUCCAUUCUGGAUGAGGAGUGUCUGAGGCCUGGAGAGACUGGUGAUGUCUCCUUUUUAGAGAAACUGGAGGACACGCUGGGUGGCCAUCCCCAUUUUGUCACUCACAAACUGGCAAAUGGAAAAACCCGCAGGGUAAUGAGUAGGGAGGAGUUCAGGCUGCUUCAUUAUGCUGGAGAGGUCAACUACGAUGUCAAUGGUUUUCUAGAAAAGAACAAUGAUUCGCUGAACAGGAACCUGAAAGAGGUCAUGUGCCAGUCAGACAACUAUAUUUUGAGCCGCUGCUUCCGCAGAGAGGAGGUAUUGGACCAGAAACGCCCAGAGAUGGCUGCCACACAGUUUAAAAACAGCCUGAUGAAACUUAUGGACAUCCUCAGGUCUAAAGAGCCAUCCUACGUGCGCUGUAUCAAACCUAAUGAUGCCAAGCAGUCAGGAAGGUUUGAUGAAGUUUUGGUCAGACACCAGGUAAAGUACCUUGGCCUGAUGGAAAACCUGAGGGUCAGGAGAGCUGGCUUUGCCUAUCGUCGUCGUUUUGAAGCCUUCCUGCAAAGGUAUAAGCCUCUGUGUCCUGAGACGUGGCCAAAUUGGCACGGUAGACUGGAUGAUGGUGUAUCCACACUGGUCAACCACCUGGGCUACAAGCCAGAAGAGUACAAACUGGGCAGAUCAAAAAUCUUCAUCCGUUUCCCAAAAACUCUCUUCACCACUGAGGAUGCACUCGAAGCAAAAAAGCCAGAGAUAGCGUUGACUCUGCAGACGUCAUGGAGAGGCUACAGGGAGAGAGCCAAGUACCAACGGAUCAGGCAUGCAGUGAUAGUGAUCCAGUCUGGGUGGCGAGGAAUGAAAGCACGCAGGAGGGCUAGGAGGCGUCGACAGGCUGCUGAGUUAAUCCGCAGGUUUAUAAAGGGCUUCAUUUACCGUCAUGAGGAAUACUGCCCUGAGAAUGAGUAUUUCCUGGAUCAUGUGCGCUGCUCCUUCCUGAAGAACCUACGGAAAAACCUGCCCAAGAGCGUUUUGGACAAAAGCUGGCCGACACCUCCUCUCUUACUCGUUGAGGCCUCUGAGCACCUGCGGAUACUGCACAUGAGAAACAUGGUCAUGAAGUACUGCGGGAGGGUCCAGCCUGAAUGGAAAAAACAGAUGGUGCAGAAAGUUGUAGCCAGUGAGAUCUUCAAAGAUCAGAAAGACAGCUACCCUCAGAGUGUCGGCAGGCUGUUUUUGGACUCCAGGCUCGAACGUGAGCAAAUCAGUCUCAAAGUCAUCCAGACUCUUGGAAAUGACAAAGUGCAGUAUGGUGCGUCAGUCGUAAAAUACGAUAGGAGGGGUUUCAAGCCUCGGCCUCGCCAGCUGCUCCUCACGAACACCUUCGCUGUGCUGGUGGACAGGACCAAGAUCAAACAGAGGAUUGACUACACAGCUCUGAGAGGUAUCUCUUUGGGCUCUCUCAGCGACGGGAUGUUUGUUGUGCACAUGCCCACUGCGGACAAUAAGCAGAAGGGAGACGUUGUGCUGCAGUGCAACAAUGUGAUCGAGCUGGUGACAAAAGUAGCCAUGAUGGCUGACAAGAUCGACUACGUCAACAUCAACCCGGGCAGCAUCAGGUUUGCUGUGGCUCGUGGCAAAGAAGGAAUCAUUGAUUUUGUCAGGGGCUCGGAGAUGAAGGUGGCCAAAGGCAAGCGAGGACAUCUGCUAGUGACUGUCCCUCGCACAAACACCACAUGAAGAAACAGAAAACAUCUGCCAGGCAAACAAUAAUCCUUUCAGCUAAACGGAGGAUUGCCGCUCGGAAGUCGUCGUUGUUAUUUGUUAGUUUGCAGCUGACAGGAUGACACUGUGCGCAUACACAACAUCCUCAACUUCCUCAACAUAAAAUAAGAUCCCCUAUUGAUCAAUAUACAUCAUUAUUAUUCCAAGAAUGUCUUGUGAUGUUGCAAUAAGCUUUUUUUUCAAUUAGAGUCACCACAGUUCCAAAUGCUUUGUCUCUUUAUUGUCAGUCAUACAGAUAUAUAUGUAUCUAUCAAAUACAAAAAAGUCUUAUGUAAAACAUUUUUAUCUCUGUCCUGUAAGAGAAAUAAAACAAACCACUCUGAAUAAAUAACAUUCAAUAAAUAUGUCAAUAAAUAGUAAAUAUAUCUUUGGAAAGUCUGGUAGAUAGAGAGCUUGAAGGGGAAGAACAGUGUUCUCUCGGUAAUGUGAGUUUAUUACUAACUUACAGUAAGAGGUAAGAGAGAAACUUUGGGAAAUACCCAAGAAAGCCCUUAAAUAUUAGCAGAGUGUGUAAAAAAUAAAAACUGAUUUGCUUAAAAUAGAGCUCCAUGUAAAGUUUUGACCACAUCACUAAAGCUUGAUUAAAGUUAUCAAAGCUG